AUGUCUACUGAAGAAAAGCCACUUGCCAGCCCAGAAGGCACCAUUGAAACCAACUACGAUGAAGUUGCAACCACUUUUGACCAAAUGAACUUGAAACCAGAAAUCAUUAGAGGUAUUUUCGGUUUAGGUUUUGAAGCGCCAUCUGCUAUUCAACAAAGGGCAAUCUUGCCAAUUGUCUCUGGUAGAGAUGUUCUAGCACAAGCACAGUCCGGUACAGGUAAGACUGCAACCUUCUCCAUUUCUGCAUUGCAGAGAAUUGACGAAACCGUCAAGAAGACCCAAGCUUUAAUUAUGGCACCAACUAGAGAAUUGGCAUUGCAAAUUCAAAGAGUUGUUGUCUCCAUUGCUUUGCAUAUGGACGUCACUGUCCAUGCAUGUAUUGGUGGUAAGCCAAUGGGCGAAGACAUUGAAGCAUUGAAUGCCGGUGCUCAAAUUGUUGUUGGUACUCCUGGUAGAGUCUUUGACAUGAUUGACAGAGGUUAUUUCAAAACAAGAGAUGUCAAGAUGUUCAUUAUGGAUGAAGCCGAUGAAAUGUUAUCCCAAGGUUUCAAGGAACAAAUCCACAAGGUUUUCCAAUAUCUUCCAGAAACUACUCAAGUUGUCCUAUUAUCUGCUACAAUGCCAAAGGAUGUUCUUGAUGUCACCACCAAGUUUAUGAGAGAUCCAGUUAGAAUCUUGGUCAAGAAGGACGAAUUGACUUUGGAAGGUAUUAAGCAAUUCUAUGUCAAUGUUGAAGAAGACCAAUAUAAAUUGAUGUGUUUGAUUGACUUGUAUGAUUCCAUUUCUGUUACUCAAGCAGUUAUUUUCUGUAAUACUAGAAGAAGAGUUGAAGAAUUAACUGAAGCUUUAACAAAGCAAAACUUCACUGUCUCUUCUAUUCACUCUGACAUGUCUCAACAAGAUAGAGAUAAGAUUAUGGCUGAAUUCAGAACUGGUUCUUCAAGAAUCUUGAUUUGUACCGAUUUAUUAGCAAGAGGUAUUGAUGUUCAACAAGUUUCUCUUGUUAUUAACUACGAUUUACCAGAUAACAAUGAAAACUACAUUCACAGAAUUGGUAGAUCCGGUAGAUUUGGUAGAAAGGGUGUUGCAAUCAACUUGUUGGCAGAUAACGAUAUCACUAGAAUGAGAGAAAUCGAAAUGUUCUACAACACCCAAAUCCAAGAAUUACCAGCUGAUAUUGGUCACUUGUUCAACAACGAUUAG